AUGUCUGCCUCUCCGCCAUUACGCCGCCUGUCCUCCGCGAGCACAAGCAGUAAGGAAUCGCUCAUCAAUGCCUACGAGGCUGAGGAGGAGCGCAUCAUCAACGUCCUCUCGCGCAAGCUUGAGAAGCUCAGGGAGGAAAAGAUUGAGCUCGAGAACGCACUCGAGGCUGAGUCGGAGAGCCAUGUGAACCGGCUCUCGCGCGAGAUCUCGGCGCUGCGACUCGCGCAGCAGCAGGCCGUGAACGGGAGCGGGACGUUGUCCCCUGUCGAGACCCGCAUGCCGGCCGCCCUCGCUGCGGACCCACUCCAGCCGUCGACGGAGAUGGUGCUGGAUGCCAUGCGGAGGGAGAACGAACAGCUCAGGAAUAGGCUCAUUGAGACAGAGAGGGAUUACAUCCGGUUGACGAGGUUGAAUGAGAUUUAUAGGGAGGAGCUCAUCGAACAUCGGCGGAAGGCUGGACUGCCGGUCGAUGAUCUCAUAGGACUCGCGCCCUCCACUGUGGACCCUUUGUCACAACCCCUGCACCGCCGACCUUCGAUAUCGUCUUGGGCCUCUCCUAAUUAUACUCCUCAGUCCCCUGUCAUACAUUCCGCAAGGGUCCCAAUCCCUCGACUGCCCUCGCAAGUACACCGUCCGUCACAUGCAACGAUCAGUCCGUCGACGACACCCCCGUCCUCUUCUUCCGCAUCCUUGUCGUCUCUUCCCAUGUUCUCCCCGACAGCGGGACAAAGCAGCGCUACGAGUGCUACAACACCCGGCUCGCUCGGCUCGUUCACCGGCAGACCCGCCACACUCGUGCCGCGCGCCAUGGAGUUGACCUACCCGUCCGUGCCGCCGCCCUCCGUGGCGUCAUCGUUCGGCGAGCCACCAUCGAUAGGCAGCCCCGUGCGCUCGCUGACGCUGGACACCAUCACGGAACCCGUGGCGAUCCCCCGUGCGGCGCAGCAGCAGCGGCACGAGCGAGACGUGUCAAGCGGCGCUCUCGCAGACUCGUUCAGCACGACGUCCCCGCGCCGGCCGUCGCUCAGCCCGCGCGCGUCGAUGUACCUCGCGCGUCGUCCGAGCGCAGACCGCGUGCCCUGGACAGGCGACGGCAGCGGGCUCGGCAGCCCGGUGCGGACGAGGAGCCGGAUGGCUAGCCUGGAGAGGGGCGCGAGGGUAGCUGAGACGGGGACGUUGGUCCCGAGGACGAGGCGCGAGAACCUCGUCGGUGGUGCGCACGCCGACACUGCCUUGGGUGGGACUUCUGAGCAAACUUCCACUGUUGCGGUGGGGUCGACAUGA